AUGGAUUUCUACGGCACGGCAGUGACGGCCAUCACACAGGUCUACCAGGUCACGGUCUUUAUACAAGGCGUCAUUUCCGAUGUCAAGGCCUUCGAUGACGAUCGGGCCGAGAUUCGGCUCAAGCUGAAUGUGGAGCCCUUCAUUGCCAACACGGUAGAAGGACUACUGGUGCAAAUGAGGAAGACGCUGGCCGAGUAUGAAAUAAUGGCAGCGAAGUACGGCCUCGUGGACGAAGAGUAUGUCAUGGAGCCAGAGAACUCCAGAGUGCAAGAAUCACUCAUGGAGCGCGCCAAGAGUAAAGCCAGGUCGCUCAAGCUCAAAGGAUAUGACUGGUCUCUCUUCGACAAAAAGAAGCUCAAUCGUAUUUUGGAGGCGUAUACCAAGUGGUCAGAAGAUUUGCGAAAUCUAAUGCAGCAUAUGUCGCAGGACACGCUGGCUAAACUUGUUGAAGACAACCAUCAAGGGUUCAAGAUAAGUGGCCUGGAACCAGUCAUGAAGCGGCGUAUGUUAGCAGAAGCCCAGGCACCGGCAGACUACCACAGUCUGACUGGUAUCAUCACCGAGGAAAGCAAAUUAGCAGGCGGGUUUCAACUGGGAAAAUGGUCUCCUUCAAAUGCCGAGACGACACAGGUGAUUGUUGAAUAUCAUGAAUAUGAGAGCAUGCUCAAGCGAGAUGAUCUAGAAUCAGAUGAAGUAGACGAGCUCAAACAGCCCAUGCGGAAUCUGGCCUGGCUACUCCAAAACGCCGCAUUCACAAGCGUCUCAUCUGAAUCUCUCGACCAGCCCAAGAUUUAUGCGCUGGAAUGCCUUGGCUUCAUAGAUCAACCCUCGGAGGAGCGCAGCGUUUUUCUCUACAAGCUCCCCAAGUCCGAACGGGCAAGUGGGCCAUCUCUGACAACCCUGCACGCCUUCAUCAAUGCCGUCGAUAGCGCAAGCAAACGACCACUUAGGAAGCCAACCCUGAAUGAUCGCUUCAGCAUGGCACACAGUCUUGCUUUGACGCUCUCUAACGUCCACGCCUCAGCUUGGGUCCACAAAAACAUAUGGAGUCGGGGCAUUCUCCUUUUCAUGGAGACAGGAUCCGGAGUUAGUGCCUCUGGUCUCUACGAGCAUCGUCUUUCCGGGUUCAAUACCAAGAACAAGGUUGUCUCGUACCUGAGCGACUGGGGUUAUGCGCGCUCUGUACAGCAAGGCACGGACAUGCGCUCCGAUUUUGAAGUCGAGCCUAAUUUAUAUCGUCAUCCAAAUCGACAGGGUCGCCCAACACAUCAAUUUAGCCGUCUGCAUGAUAUUUAUGCACUGGGUGUCGUACUUCUCGAAAUCGGGCUAUGGGUCACUUUGUCACGCUUGAUGGAAGCAAAAAUCAGAGAGGCGCAGAAUUCCGGACGGCUGCCGAGACCAAAGAAGGUGGUCGAGGAUUUGAUGGCAUUGGCAGUGCAGGGUCUGCCAAAGGAGAUGGGGGUUGGCUAUACCCAGGCUGUACUUGCUUGCCUGAAAGGAGAUUUCCGAGGGACAGACGGGCCUGCUCUGGCGGUGGAUUUUCAAGAGAAGGUAGUGGACAUUCUGGGAGCUGGAGUUGCAAUGUAG